AGGAAUCUUUCUGCUUGUUCCAAAGGUUCCCUUAAGACUGCCAAUCGUACCAGAACCAAACGUGCACUUGUAUGUACUUAAACAAUUGAUCAGCACUGUACGUAGUGCAGACUGGAUGGGCUUCGAGAUAAAUAUAGCUGUAGUGGUCCAUUGCAAUUACGAUGUCUAAUUGAUGGUGUUCAUUGCUGGAUAUGUUGCCUACAAGGCUGCACUGAGCCAAGUUCUUGAGUAAACCAAAGGAACAGUGUUUGAGAUUUGUUGAAUGAAGUCUCCUAGCAACAGAACAGGGUCUAAUAAAAGUGAGACAAGGUGAUAAAAUAAUUGAAAUAACAUGGAUGGAACGUUAUGUGGUAGAUGUACCUGCUGACUACAUUAGACUGCAACAGACUGAGUUUGAAGCAGUAUGAAAUCCAGGGAACAGGAGUUCAAUUAUAGGGUGUCUCAGGAUCUCAAUAAAAUGCCUUCACAGCGUGCUUCUGUCAGCCAGACCGCUGAGUGCAAAGUCCCUCACACAAGGAUUGGCGAUGAAUCAGCUAUUCGGGGUAUCUACAAAUUUGGCCACAAGUUAGGACAAGGCAGUUAUGGCAUAGUGAUUGAGGCGACGCAUCUUGAGACUGGUAAAAAAUGGGCAAUCAAGAAAGUGAACCGUGAAAAGGCUGGGAGUUCAGGUGUGAUGCUACUUGAACGGGAGGUCAGCAUCUUAAAGAGAGUCAACCACGAGUAUAUCAUUCAUCUGGAAGAGGUCUAUGAAACUCCUAAACGAAUGUACAUGGUGACUGAGCUGUGUGAGGGUGGAGAACUGAGUGGAAUCCUUCAGAGGAAAAAGUUCUUCAAUGAGAAGGAGACGAGGCAUGUGAUUCAGAGCCUUGCGAGUGCAAUCGCUUACUUACACAAAAACGAUAUUGUCCAUCGGGAUUUGAAACUGGAAAACAUCUUGGUUAAGAACAAUGAAAGCAGCAGUGAAAUUGACAUGAAACUGAAUAUAAGGGUGACUGAUUUUGGCUUGUCUGUUCAGAAGGGGGGUGUUGGCAGUGAAAAUAUGUUGCAGGCUACCUGUGGAACUCCCAUGUAUAUGGCUCCUGAAGUUAUUAAUGCCCACGAGUACACCCAGCAGUGUGAUACCUGGAGUAUAGGAGUCAUCAUGUAUGCAAUGCUUUCUGGAGAGCCCCCAUUUAUGGCUAACUCAGAAGAAAAACUUGUUGAGUUGAUAAACAGAGGGGAUCUGCGCUUUCAUGAUUCAAUUUUGAAGGGAGUUAGUGAUGGCGCAAAGGAUGUCCUAUCACGUCUUCUAAAGGUGGAUCCUGCCCAUAGAAUCACAGCCAAUGAGCUGCUGGAUAACCCGUGGGUUCGGGGUGAGACGUCAGCCUUGCAAAGGCCACCAAAUGUGCUUGAAAUGAUGAAACAGUGGAAAGAUAACAUGGAUGGAGAUGAAGCAGAGGCAGAACCAAAUAUUAACAGUACUUCAUGCGGUGCUAUGUAUCAAAACCUGGAUAAUAUUGCUGAUGGUACUGGAAAAAGCAAUUGCACUUCUGAAGUUAGCACAGAAACUGGUUGUGGCAGCAGCAAAACCUGCAUGCCAGCUAAACAGAGGAAUAAGAAGAACGCAAUCGUGGGUUUGUCAGUCGAUGGCCCGCGUUUGAUGAAGAAACCGAACAAAAUCAGCAGCAACAAUCUUCCCGGAAGCAGCAAGAUUUCCCCCAAACUAAAAGUGAAUCGAUCGCCAUUGCAAGAUAAGCGAGAAUGGUCACCAACACAUCUAGCUCCUUCAAUCAGACCGAGUUCUAUCUCUGCUAAGCCAGAGGUACGUAGACCCCUAACCCCAAACGCUAAUGCCUCUGGAUAUAAAAACGCAAAUAAGUCAACUGCCACUUCCAAAUCCAAAAAGAGCACAUAGGAUAAAGAAUUUUAACGGCGAAACCACUAUACUGCAAAAUGAUGCCAAAUGCAAUACUUCAUUGAAAAAGAACCCACGGAUUGCACAUUGUUACAGGGUGAUCGUGGGCUUUCCUCUUUGGAACUUACCAGUGUGAAUACUUGUGGUUGUGUUUGCACUUUGGAUUCUACAUUGUAUACUGUUGAAACAAGGAAACUGUUUUCACUGCGUAGUUUUCUUUUUAGUGCGUGUUGAUAUUCUAUAGACCACAGAGUCACUGUAUUUCUUAAAGAAGCAUAAGCCUUAUUUUUUGAUUUCAGAAAUAAUUUGCUGAAGAUAUCGCUUUUUGCUGCUGUGAAUGAAUUUGAUAUUUGCGCAUUUGAUUCACCCUCACUGGUUUACUUGUAGAGUUGCUCCAGACAGACAAAAGAUUCAAAAUGCAAAUAAACCAACAAAUAUUCUGCAGUGAGGGUUGGGAUAUACAUAUUUUCUCAAACACGUAGUUGACUAGCUCUGAGGAUGUUUACCUGGCACUCAAAGAGCUGCCUACACAUUCACCACCAACAUUAAGUCAUGUUUAAUCUAUUAAAGCUGAAUCAAUUGCAGUGUUAUUUGCAAUGAGUAGAAAAUUGAGCGAUUUUAUACUGACCUUUGCUGAGGAUUAAUCGAAAAAUAUAAAGUAUUUUGGAUAAUAGCAACCACUUGUUAACACAAGUACUGUAUUAAUACAAAAUGCCUAUUACAUGGCUAAAUAUAAUUAGUUUGUGGCUAUCUGAGUUUGCACAUAAUGAAUUUCUGUUUUGUUUGAAUAUAUUGAGGUGUUUUAAGAUGGACUGUAGCUUGAUACCAUGCUGAAGGAAUCCCAGAAUAUAGUAACUUCCCCAUAUCCAUUCAAGGAUAACUCUCCAAGUCAUUUUCUGAGAGGAACAAUUUCUGUAGAACUCCCAGAGCAUUGAAAUCCCGAUAUGUUGUCCAGUGUUGAGAACAUUACCACCACAGAAAAGUUUGAAAUUAUGUAUCUUUUCUUUAUACUCUUGGUUCCAGUCCUGAUUGGGAGAGACAGAUCAAUCUUCCUUCUCUUAACAUUUAAUUGAGAAACUUUUUUUCUAAUUUAAUACAUCAAAUUGUACUGUUUUGAUUGUAAAUUGCACGUAACUGCUGGUAUGUUCCAGAAUACCAUGCUUUGUAUUAACAUUUUGAUGGAUGCUGGGCCUGAGACUUCAAAACAUGAACUACAUCAUAAAACAUGACAAUCUUUAUGUAAUCUAUUAGCAUUUGAAUACCUAAGCAACUUCAUACUGCCGUAUUGCUGCCUUUCAUCUAACUCCAGUUCUAAUGAAUCUCUGUUGCGUUCACAUUUUUAUGCAGCCAAUGGGUCUGAUCUCAUUUGAUUGAGCUCUCAAUGCAAACACAGUGCGACACACUGACCCAGCACAGAGCAACAGUAGUAAAACUCAAACUUCAAAUGUUACCCACCAUUGAUUCUGCUGAAAUGGAAGAGUUGGCCCAGCAUAAACAGUUGACCACUGAAUGAAUGAAAUACACCUUACUUUCUGCCACUGAAUGCCACACAGAAGUAAAUCACUAUGAUUCACCAGUGGCUGGAGUGUCCAGAUAGGACAUGCAAAAGUGCUAUUGGAAAUAUGCCCAAUGCAGCAAACAGAGGUUAUUUAUGAAUUCCUAUGUAAUAGACUUACAUAUGGGCAUGCAUUUCAUUCGAAAACAGUUGCAGAAUAAAAUAGUGUGGAGCAAAAUGUUGAGUGUUACAAAUUUUGCUUGAAAAAAACAUUUGAAACUGUCAGUUACGUAAAACAACAUGUUCACUGAUGAUACCUUUUAAUAGCUGAGAUGUGUAAUUUCUCAAGCACGUGUAAAUAUUUUGUAUGUAAUGGCAUUGUAAUGGUUCUUAAAACACAGUUUUUCAAGGAUUUGUUUAUUUGUUCUCUUUUACUGAUUAACUAUAAGAAACAUGAUAUGCAGAAGGAAUUUUACUCGCAGUGGAUUGAACAUGUCUGUGUGCUUUUUUCAUGUAAUUGAUGCCCUGCUUGGCAUUAAAACACAUUUUGUUCUUCAGAA